UGAUGUUUUCGACAUGUCUACCAUAAACCAUUUUAAAGCUUUACUAAGGUACUGGGUGUUGUAAGAGUUAUUAAACAACGGGAGAUCAAGAGUCGUAUCGUGCUCUUUGAAAUAGAGCUGACGUUGAAUAGAUAUCAUUCAGUCAUCGGUUGGAGUUUAAAGUUUACGGAACGUCCGCCAGUGUUAUAAAUAGAACAGCACAUAAAGUGACACGGACACUGUGGCAUGUUGUGUUCAGCUACCUUUAUCGGGAACACGUUCAGGUAGAUUUCACGUGUGUCUACUCAAAGAAGCAAAGAAGUGUGUCUAGUCACUUAACAUGGGAGGGAAACUAUCAACCCCUGGGCGAUACAGAGAGGGCACAGCUGCUGAUGACUCGCAUCCACCUGUUCGGCCGCCAUCCAAGUCCAGGAAGAAGCUUCUACCGGCCUCAUUUGAAGACAUAGAUAGCUUUUCACUGAAGGCACCUGUUUCCGCAUGCGUGUCGGUGACGAAACUCGCCCAAUAUCUGAUGCAGUCGGCCAAGAAUGACAUGGACAAGGUUCGAGCUUUCUACAGAUGGAUCGCAGAGAAUAUCAGCUACGACGCCUUUGGUGUACGCCUGAAGACAUACGGACGCCAGGACGCCGAACGUGUGCUACAAAGACGACAGGGCGUCUGUGAAGGAUACGCCAACUUGUUCCUGUCUCUCUGCAGUGAAGUAGGAAUCCCCUGUAAGAUGGUGAUAGGUUUCAGCAAGGGCCGCAGCUACAACCCCGACAUUGGCUUCACGCCGGAAACAGAAACAGCGCAUGCGUGGAACAUCGUGUACGUCAAUGGACAGUGGCUCCCUCUGGACGUGACCUGGGGAGCUGGCAGCGUCGAUGAACACAACCGAUUCCAGAAGCGUUAUGAAGACAUGCACUUCCUGACAAAUCCCAAGGACUUUGCAGUGAAACACUUUCCCUAUAUGGAUAACGACAUGGACAAAAGCAAGGUGUUCCAGUUGCUGAAACGACCCCUCUCACUUGAGGAGUUUAACAAAAACGCAAUGGUCGACACCGCAGGAACAACAUGGGGCUUUGUGUCGACUUAUAAACAUCACACAAUUGACGUGGAGAAAAAGUGUAUUAUUACGUUUAAAACACGUCGUAUGGAUCUACAAAACAUAUCUUGCCAUCUGAAAGACAAAUCUUCAACAGAAUACGAGCGAUACGUUGUUUUACGAAAGACAGGUAAAAACAGGUUUAAAAUGGAGGUGACACCGCCAAGGAUAGGGAAGUACGACCUGAGACUUUUCGGUAAAGCACUUGAUUCGACUGAAGUUGGCCAUUCACAAAUAAUCACUUAUAAGAUAAACUGCAAAUCAGUAUAUGACAAGGUGCAUUCACACCCUGUUCAUGCUGGGUUAUGGGGAGUGAAGAGAGACGUUGACGUGGCGAAGUAUGGCUUUGCGUCCUCAGUGAGGUCAAAGGACGUUAUAGUGAGUACAAAUGGAACAUUCAAACUGAGAUUAAAGACACAAAGAAAUCCCAAAGCAAUAUUUCGACUGGAGGACGCAGACAAAAAGGACCUCAGUCAACAUAUUUGUCCAUACUUGGGACGUGGGUUUGUAGAAGUUACUGGAAACUUACCAAAGGAAGGAGUUUAUAAACUCAUUCUGCACAGCAACAGUGGAGAUGGUCAGAGGGAGUACGAUCACCUGGGCGAGUGGAUGAUUAAAUGUGAUAGUCCGUCCUCAAAACCCUCAACAUAUCCCAGUCAGGACACACUUUGGGGUGCUCGGACAGAAGCCACCCAGUACGGAUUUCUUGACGAUAUAUUCUCCAAGAGCGUGUUCUCAACCAGCAAUGGUGAACUGCAACUGCAGUUGAAGACAAGCAAGUUUGUAACAACAUCCGUGAAACUGUACCAACGAGAGUCAAAGUUGGAGAAGCAUGUGUUCGACUAUUACAACGGCAACACGUUGGUUAUUAAAGCAAGGUUACCCAAAGCUGGGUUUUACAAGUUGUCUCUGUUUGCUAAACAUGAAGACAAGAAAACGUCUCAGUCCCUUGACCUGGUGGCUGACUUCCUUGUUGAAAGUAAAUCGGAUGCAAAAAACAUGAAGCCUUUUCCAGUGGUCUACACACAUGCAAAGACUUACGGAUGUACCCUAAUGGAACCAUUACAUGGGUCUUUAGCAGCCAAUCAAAAUGUUCGUCUCAGACUGCGAUCGAAGACUCUGAAGCGAGUAAUGGUCAACAAUGAUGUCCAUGAAAAGAAGUCAGGAGAUGUGUUUGACAUCACUUUUGAGGCACCAGGGAGGGGGUCUGUGGGAGUCUUUGGGACCCCGGAUCUGGAAGGAGCCAAGUUUGAUGGACUCUACGAGUACACCGUUAGUUGAUGCACGUGACACAGUGGUCCAUACGUCUUCCUGUCCUUCAGACGUCCCUACAUGUGACAUCACAUUCAUAUAAACUUCCAGGAAGAAGAAAGAGAAACUUUGGUUUUCGCUGAAAUAAAACAAAUAAGAAAUGAGGA